AUGCCAUCGACCGAUUUGAACAAAGUUCCAUCUAAGGAUGGAUCACCGGUCCUAUGUCUUCCACGAGACUUACCUGACUACCCGGGCCCUUCUGUAGUUACAUCCUCUACUUUGCCCAAGAUGAUACCGGCGUCAACGCCAGCCGAGACUGGGCAACCCGGCACCCCAACUGGGAUGGCUGGCGAGAAAACGAAGGCUGUGAUAGGAUACGGUCCUCUAGGUCUGACUUUGAGCAUGCAGGUCAAGAUGAAUGAGAUGGGCAGAGAUUUGGAUGCAUUGCACGAUACCAUCCACUACAUGCAAGGUGUACAGGAUGCGCAGAACACGACGAUAGGGAGAUUGUUGGCAUGUCAAAGACGUUUCUAA